UGGUUGCGUGAAGGCACGGGAGGGUGUCGUACAUACCACACGUGUGGCGCGAUCUCCAGAGGCUCGUUCCGUCCUUUGCGACACGGGGGAGAUUCGAAAGAGCCUCAAUCCGCAAAUGAUCUGACGAGAUGGUGUGCAGAGGCACUUAAAGCAGCCCUUUUCCCCGUAGGGUGGAUCGUCUCUCAUAUCUCCAUCUGAGAAACUAUACACCUCACUAUUUGCAUUUAUUAUCACACUCUCCCUUCUCUCACCAACGGACAUGGGCAAGGAUAAAUCGAAGAAGAGCCGUACAAGUCGUACAAGGACGGCCUCUACUGGCUGGCUCGGAUGGCAGUAUGACUAUGAUAAAGGGUGCUAUGUCAACUCUCGAUUUACAGAUGGAGAGCUGGAAACUAUGGAUGGGGGGCUAUGUGACCCUCCUGAAGCACAGCCAGUAGGCCUAGAAGAACGCAUGGCCCAGACCAGUCUUUCUCCGGAUGAGCCCGAGGCUGAGGGAGAUGAAGAUGCUGCUCAGGAGGAACAUAUGUUGCCGUCUUCGAGUGACAUCGAAUCUCAAUCGCCCCAGCUCUCCAAUGGGAGAUCAGCAAGUUAUCUGCUUUAUUCUUCCAGCCCAAACUCGUCUCCAUACCCCCAGAGGCCAAAUGGUGACCACAGUAGUAUGUUCACAGCUACCGCCCCCGGCCCUGAGGCCCAGACGUAUGAUCCCAAUGCAUCCGAGAUUGGCAUGGCUCUAUCUGAAAACAUUGCACCCCAGGGCCAUACAUACCCAGCUUAUUCUGUUGCCAGUUACGGAAAGCCCCGAUCUGGAACUGCCUUGUCCCAGAACUCAGCAGGCUCAUAUUACGGUUCCACCAAAUACAGGCCAAGCACCAUCUAUGAGGCAGGCAACCCCGCAACCCAAUCCUAUGCCAGCACUGCCCAGCCUACCAAUUCGAAUGCCAGAGGACGGGUCCCAACCGGACCUGCGAACAACUCGCACCGUAGCCGGAGAGGCUGCGGAAAUGGUAGUGACACGAAUAGCGGCCGCAUUAAAGCAAAGGAUACGAUGACUGACUCUUUACCGCAACUGAAACUUUGGGAAGAAUUUAAAUGCCACGGAUCCAAGAGAUUUCAGCGAGGAUGUGUGUUCAAAGUUGUGUGGACUGAGCCUGAUGGCAAUGGAAACGGGCGUGAAAGGGGAAACAUCAGUAACCUGAGUUUGGUCAGCCAAACUAGGUAUGCAGCGGAACUAGCAUAUACCUCGAUCCGACGCUUUGUUGUUUGCAGAGUUCAAGAGGGCCAUUCUAUCUGCCUCCCAAUCCUCACAUAUGGACGACGGGCCACAACCAAACCAGGUGUCAAACCAGAACACCAUGCUAUAAUCUACACGGUUAAAUCGUCCAAGAACCCACGAAACCCCCCCAGGGAAAUUGAAGGCGAGGACCCCCUGUUAAACACACCCAUCCGCGUCGACCCAACAGCUCCGCAACACGUGCUCGAACGGGAAUCUCGGCUUAACUACGCCAAGUUGUACACAGUCGAGCAUAAUGUUAAAGUCUGCUUUAUCGGAAAGAUCCACAAGGACUCUCAUGAGGAGUUUAAGGCGACAUUUAAUAGGAUCUUUGGUGAUGCAGAUUCCCCAGUGGGCGGCAGGAUGAAUGAGGAGGAGGAGGAGGAGGGUCUCCAUCCAAAUAACAUGGGAUACCAUUACUAGUCCCGCCCCCCUAGAUGCGCCACAUGCGCGUCUCCAGGGGUUAAGGCUGUCCACGGACAUCGCCUAUGCAUACGUUUGUCGGCCUUCAGCUCGGUGAACUGGAUGAGCUGGCGCUAUUGUGGUCAAGGGACCACGUCGAUGUGAGAGCCAACCUUUUAGGGCUUGGGUUUUCUCCGUUGACUAUUCGUAACGUUUUGAUGAGUUGGGGUUUUUAUUCUCAGCUCGUCGGCUCGUUAUGAUUUUACGGCCGUUUUCGCACGGCACUAUGGUCUAUUUUGCGCUUUGAUGGCACUUUCAACGAUUUGUUAUCUGGUUUUACGACCUGUUUUUCAUUACAGCAAUCUAUUAUACGCCUCGACGGUCAUUCCAAUUACUCGCUAUGCGAUUUCACAUCCUAUUUUCAUCACGGGGAUUUACUAUCCUGGAUAUUAUCCAACAGGGUUAGAAAAUCAAUUAUAAUCAUGAUUAUGUAACGUACAUGUAUAGCGAAAGCGCCAAACAAGCGAAAGCGCCAAAAUUAUCUACCCUCACGACAAACAUUGCGAU